AUGAUCAAAACACUACAAAGAAAUCAAUUUCAAACAUUAAAAAGGUCAAUAAAACCACGAGUAUAUUUAAAUACUAUUCGAUAUAACUCGCAAGAGUCUUCAUCAAAACCUUUAAAUUUUCAUCGUCCUGAUGAAGCAGGUUCAAGAGAGCCAGCAGAUGCUGCAGAUGCGGCUGCUACGAUACUAGCAGAGAUAAGGGAUAGACAAAUUAAUCCAAAUAAAGCAACUUGGUUGGAUGCAAUGAAUGAAAGAGAUAAAUUAAAAGCUGAAGGAAAAAGAAUUGACAGUUUUAGUUAUGUUAAUCCUGUUACUACUGAAGUAACUGAUAAAACAAGAAAUGAUUCAUUUACUUAUUUAUUACUACCUUUUAAAAAAGAUAAAUGGCUUUGUGAUGCAUAUAUCAAUGCAUAUAGUCGAUUAAGAGUUGGUAAUAUUUUAUUAGAUCUUGAUUCAUUAGCUGGUAGAAUUGCUUAUAGACAUUGUUCUCCAGCUGAACCUGUUAAUGUAACUGCAAGUGUUGAUAGAAUUUAUAUGGUUAAAAAAGUUGAUGAAAUUUUUAAAUUCAAUUUUGUUUUAGCUGGUUCAGUAACAUGGACAGGUAAAUCAAGUAUGGAAAUUACCGUAAAAGGUUAUGCAUUUGAAAAUGAUAUAAAUGAAGAAAAUAUAACUGCUGAUUCAUUACCUGAUGAAAAUGUAUUUUUAUCUGCAAAUUUUACAUUUGUUGCAAGAAACCCAUUAACUCAUAAAUCUUUUGCUAUAAAUAGAUUGUUACCAGUAACUGAAAAAGACUGGAUAGAUUAUAGAAGAGCAGAAAGUCAUAACACAAAGAAGAAACUUAUGGCAAAAAAUAAAACAAUGAUAGAACCAACAGCUGAAGAAUCAAAAUUGAUUUAUGAUAUGUGGAAAUCAUCAAAAAAUAUAGAUAAAACAAAAUCUGAUGGAAUAGCUUUUAUGAAAAAUACAUUACAAAAAUCAACAUUAUUUAUGCAACCUCAAUAUAGAAAUCGUCAUUCAUAUAUGAUUUUUGGAGGUUAUUUAUUAAGACAAACUUUUGAAUUAGCAUAUUGUACUGCUGCUACAUUUGCUGCUGCUCCAAGAUUUGUAAGUUUAGAUACAACAACUUUUAAAACUCCGGUUCCUGUUGGAUCAGUUUUAACAAUGGAUGCUUCAAUAUCAUAUACUGAACAUUUACAUAAUGGAAAUGAAGAAGAUUAUGUUGAUUCACCAUUUGAUUUUAAAUUACCAUCAAUGAAUAAAAUAAGUAAUCAACCUGAUGUAUUUUUAAAUGAACCAGGUACAUUAGUUCAAGUUAAAGUUGAUACUUUUAUUCAGCAUCUUGGAGCAAAAGAUACAAAACCUGCAGGUACUUUUAUUUAUUCAUUUUUUGUUCCAAAAAUUAGUUCAGCUGGUAAAGAAAAUGGUUAUUUUUCAGUUAUACCACAAACUUAUUCUGAAAUGAUGACAUAUAUUAGUGGUAGAAGAAGAGCUCAAGAUACUGCUCAAUAUGUUGAAACAUUACCUAAAAUAGAAAAUCAUUAG